AUGCCACCGAUACCCCACGACUUCUUCCCGUCAGAUCCCGACAUUGACGCUGUGUAUGCUGAGCAAAUUGAGGCGGAGAUAAAAUCUGAGCUUCAAAGUCUCUACCCUGAAAAGCUCGACCCCGAAUUCCGGGUCUUUUCCAGCAUUCGCUACGAUCCGGAUGCUUAUCGCCAAGUCGAGCUCUGGAGCGCCACUCCGCUGGAUACACCGAUCCUGCUGCUGGCACGGAACUUCCUUUUCAUUAAAGAGCACUAUACUCGACUUAUAUUUUCGUUGCGUUACUUUGAACACCAAUUCCCCCAGUCUAAUGAUAACGAACAGGUGCAACUUAGUUACGCCGAAUUUCUUGAAAAACUUAAUAUUGCCAUGGCCCCUCAUGAUCCUGAACAAAUUUAUCGAUUGAGAGCCAGUCUUUCAUUGACGGGUGAACUCACGGUGGAGGUGUUCGCCACGCCUCCGGUGGCGGACUUAUUUUGGGGGCUUGAUGCCACCACUGAACCUCUCUGGGACGUCUACUUGGAUCCCGUUCAGAUUGCUGUAUCACUGUUUACUCUGUUCAAAACCAAUCGUCGAGGGCAUUACACUGAAGCUCGCAAUCGAUGCUUACCGGGACUUAAACCAGAAGAAGAAGUGCUCUUGUGGAACGGACAAGAUAUGGUGAUGGAGGGGUCUAUCACCAACAUCGCGAUAUUCUUUGAAGGGAGAUGGGUGACGCCACCGUUAUCUCUGGGUUGCCUUUGUGGCGUCACUCGCCAUUGGCUUUUAAGACAAAAGUUGAUCGAAGAGCGCCCGAUUUCAGUCUCGGACAUCGAGUUGGGACAAACAAUACUAUUAUUUAAUGCCGUUCGAGGAGUAAUGAAGGGAAAGGUGGUCCUGAGACCGGAGUUGGAUGUCCCUCAAUGGUAA